UGCCAAAUAACCUAGCCAAACAGCGUUUAUUCAAAUCGAGAAACCCUCUUUCCUGAGAAACCCUCUUUCGGUUUCCACCGCCUUCGUCGGCUACUGCUUUUUUCUCCCGUCGUCUCCUUCACAUCCGUCCGGCAUCGCCGCCGCCGCCGCCUUCGUCUUCACGGAAACCACUGUCGCAGCUGUCGCCGUCGUCCUCAGUCGCAGUUGCGGAGGACAAGGCGGACAUUCGCAGUCACAACCGUCGCCAUAGAAGCGGGAAACCGACCGCAGUCACGAAGCUACUCGGAGAAGGCGAACGGUCGCAGCACGGAGAAGAUAGAUGCAGGCGGUCGUCCGGUUGGAGAAGGCAAAUCAAUUGGAGACGGUUAGAGAAGGCGAAUCAGUCGGAGAAGGUGAAUGCCCGCAGGCAAUCGCAGGAGGAGAAGGCGGGCGGUCGCACUCGGUCGUCCUCACGGAGAAUAUGACCGUCAUCGGAAACGGCACGGCCGGCUUCUCCCCCCGGCCCUUCAAACGGCCACCACCGGCUUCUCCCUUCGGUCCUUCGUCGCCGACAGCUUCCGGCCAGUCUCCGCUUCCCAUCCAUACAAGGGCUUUACCCAUCCAAAUUCCAACAGCACUGGAAAAUGAGGGUCAGAAUGCGUCCUCUCUUAUUUCAAAGGAUGGAAUGCAAAAUGGAGCUCUGUUUCGGCCAGAGACAGUUAUAUAUACUUCUAAGAAGCUCCAGGAUGAUCUAGAAAUGCUGGGAAAAAUGAUAAAAAAGCACGAGGACAAUAUGAAAAGUUUAAAAUCUCAGAAAAGCAGCAUAGAAGAAUCCAUUCUAGAUAUACAAGUUAGUCUUGGGAAAUAUUAUUCAUCAAGUGUUCCCAUGAUGAAUGACGAGGGUCAUGCCCAUGAGGAAAGUGAGGAGGAAACAGUACAAAAUAUAUUAAAGCACGAAAAAUCUGCAGCUGGUGUUUUGUGCUUGCUGAAAGCUCGUCAUGGCAGUCAGGCUUCUCAUCUUCUGUUGACCAAGGAUGUGCUGGGCAUUGUUGCUACCCUUGGACAAGUGGAUGAUGACAAUCUCAGCAGACUUCUCUCGGAAUACUUGGGGAUGGAGACUAUGUUGGCUGUUGUCUGCAAGACUUACAGCAGCGUUAAAGCUCUGGAAACAUAUGAAACAGAUGGUUCAAUAAUUAAAACUUCUGGUCUCCAUGGGCUUGGAGCUUCCCUUGGGAGACCUUUGGACGGUCGUUUUAUUGCCAUCUGUCUUGAGAAUCUACAACCAUACUUUGGUGAGUUUCUGGAUAAUGAUUCCCAGAGGAGGCUUGAUCUUCUAAAGCCAAGAUUACCGAAUGGAGAAUCCCCACCCGGCUUUCUAGGUUUUGCUGUGAAUAUGAUAAAUAUCGAUAAUGCCAAUUUAUCUUGUCUCACUGCUAAUGGGCACGGCCUUAGGGAGACUCUAUUCUAUAACCUGUUCUCCCGUCUUCAAGUUUACAGAACAAGGGCAGACAUGCUACAGGCUCAUCCUUGCAUAAGUCAUGGAGCCAUAUCUUUAGAUGGUGGGAUGCUAAAGACUACUGGUUUGUUUUCUCUUGGCAAUAGGGAAGACAUAGAAGUGAAAUUCCCCAAAGGCCGUGGGACGUCAAAUUUGUCGAGUCAUUUUGAAACUGAAAGGCAACUAAAGGAGAUGACAUGGAAAAAAGAGAAGGUAUUGAAAGAUAUGCUGAGUGAACAAGCUUUACUGGAACAUGCAAGGUCCAGUUUUGAGACCAAGAAACAGGAGUUUAUCAAAUACCUGGCAGAAAGCUCAUCAUAUGCAACACAGCCGCAGACAUUGUCGCCAAGAUGAUAUUGGCGUUGAAGAAUGAAACUAAUACAUGAGAAAGUGGCCAGGAUAUAUUUGACUUGAUUCAAGCCCAGUCUUUUGUCAACUUGCAUUCAAUAUCUUCAGGGACAUUCGUUUCUGGUCCCGACAAAAAAGUGCAUCUUCGUGGAGAAGCUUGGGGUACAUGUCUUUUAAGUUGAAUGGGAGAAACUGUUUCUUCAAAUUCUCAUUCUGGAGGGGCAAGAUGGUUAAACCAUGUGUCCUGUGUCCUGAGUACUUGCGGAAGAUUCUCAUGGUGGUUGAUUGUCUGCUAAAGAUGGAGUUUUGUGCCGAAGAACUAACUGCAUGGAGCCGCAAUUAUUUAGUAAAUACUGUGUCUAGAAUUGCAUCCAUGAUCCAUGACUUCUUUUUCAUGUGCAGCAUAGAAUCUUAGUAAUCCAUGUCUCUUGUUCUGUAAUUUGUAGGCGUCUUAACAAUGAGUACUUUUUCGUCGAAACUACCGAGUCUCAGAUUUCAUUCAAUCAAGUAAUCUUGAAUCUUGAUCAAGAUUUUCUGCCCUUGUAAGGCGGGGCGGAGAAUUCAUGGUA